AUGAGCGCGUGGCAGCUGUGUGAGGUAACGUUGCCUUUCCCUGUCUCUCUAGGCCGGGUGAUAGCGACCGUCACCUGCUCUGGAGAAAAAGAGGUCAAUUUGGCUGUUCAAGAUGCAAAAGCUGCCUUUAAAAUAUGGAGUAAAAAAUCGGGCCUGGAGCGUGGUCAAAUCCUCUUUGAGGCUGCCAGGAUGAUAAGGGAACGGACGGAGGAGAUCGCCAUCAUGGAGACCAUCAACAACGGCAAGUCCAUCUUUGAGGCGCGCGACGACAUCAAAACGUCCUGGCAGUGCCUGGAGUUCUUUGCAGGCUUGGCCGGGUCCAUGGCCGGUGAACACAUCCAGCUCCCAGGCGGGUCCUUCGGGUAUACCAGGAGGGAACCGCUCGGCGUGUGCGUGGGCAUAGGCGCGUGGAACUACCCCUUUCAGAUCGCCUCCUGGAAGUCGGCUCCAGCGUUAGCCUGUGGGAACGCCAUGAUCUUCAAACCCUCGCCUUUCACGCCUCUGUCUGUGCUGCUGCUGGCUGAGAUCUACACUGAGGCUGGGGUGCCUCCCGGGCUCUUCAACGUGGUGCAGGGAGGGGCCGCCACAGGCCAGCUUCUGUGUCAGCAUCACGACGUGGCCAAGGUCUCCUUCACUGGCAGUGUGCCCACUGGCACGAAGAUCAUAGAGAUGGCAGCGAAAGGAAUCAAACCUGUUACCUUGGAACUCGGAGGCAAGUCACCCCUGAUCAUCUUCUCAGACUGUGACCUGGAGAAUGCCGUGAAGGGAGCGCUAAUUGCCAACUUCCUCACGCAAGGCGAGGUUUGCUGUAAUGGCACAAGGGUGUUUGUACAGAAGGAAAUUCUUGAUAAAUUUACAGAGCAAGUGGUGAAAGCGACCCAAAGGAUAAAAAUUGGGGAUCCCCUUCUGGAAGAUACUAGGAUGGGUCCCCUCAUCAACCGACCACACCUGGAGCGAGUCCUUGGGUUUGUUAAACAGGCGAAGGAGCAGGGCGCUAAAGUGUUAUGUGGAGGAGACCUACACGUCCCUAGAGACCCCAAACUAAAGGGCGGAUAUUACAUGACACCUUGUGUAUUAACUGAUUGCAAAGAUGACAUGACCUGUGUGAAAGAAGAGAUCUUUGGACCAGUUAUGUCCAUUUUAUCAUUUGACACUGAAGCUGAGGUUCUGGAAAGAGCCAACAACACCACUUUUGGAUUAGCCAGCGGUGUCUUCACCAGGGACGUGCAGCGCGCUCACAGGGUGGCGGCCGAGCUCCAGGCCGGAGUGUGUUGCAUCAACAACUACAACAUCAACCCAGUGGAGCUGCCCUUCGGCGGCUACAAGAAGUCAGGGUUUGGCAGAGAGAAUGGCCGUGUGACAGUUGAAUGUUAUUCACAACUAAAGACUGUGUACGUGGAGAUGGGAGAUGUGGAAUCUGUUUUUUGAAAAUGUGCCAUGAAACCUGUCGACGUGCCAGGCUGAGGUCCCUUGACAGCAGUGCGCGGCAGGCACACCGUUUAAACCCAGGAUUCGGUCACUCGGCAGGAGAAUGGCCCACUGUGACCUUUGUAGUUCAGAGUCUUCUGAUGAAAAUGUGCAUAAGUGCCUUUCGAUACCAAUCAAGAGAGCUGUAAUUUUCCUUAAAGCAGAUUUCAGUGUGAUCUUCAAGAAUGAGGCAGAAACACGCUUCUGGGAAAGGAGGGACCUGGAUUGUGCUUUGUCCUUCCCCGGAUGGGCGCACGGCCCGUGCUCACUCACUCACCAACUUACUUUCAAGAACGCAUUCCUUUGCAGGCCCCAGUGGGCUCAGUGGAGAUGGUUUCUGCCAGUGGGCAGUUUUGAAGCUCCCCUGUCACUCCACUGAGAAAGCUGACAGGAUGGGGAGGGUAUUGGGUAACUGGGAAGGUCAGUCUGGGAAGGUAGCCAUCAGAGAAAGCCCUGUUUCCACAGGGGGCUGCAGGGGAGGAACGGGUCUCCACGCUUGUUACCUGUUGUAUGUACCGUUGAUUUGUCCACAGGAAUUAAAUAAAUCACACUGUUAAUCCUU